UUCUUUAAUCACCUUAGAAAAAAAAACUCUAGAAACCGAUUAUCUUCUCCGUCGAUCAUCCCCUUCGGCUCGCAUUCUCGCGUCUCACAGUCCAUCGACCGUGCCUUCAGGGAAAGUAACAUGCCGGGUCAGAAGAUUGAAACGGGUCAUGAGGACAUGGUCCACGAUGUCCAAAUGGAUUACUACGGAAAGAAAGUUGCAACUGCCUCUUCUGACUGCACCAUCAAGAUAACUGGCGUCAACGCUGGAGGAUCUCAGCACCUAGCUACAUUAACCGGCCACCGCGGUCCCGUCUGGCAAGUCGCGUGGGCCCACCCGAAGUUUGGAUCAAUCCUAGCCUCAUGCUCCUAUGAUGGCCAAGUCAUCCUCUGGAAAAAAGGCAGCCAAAACCAAUGGACUCAAGCUCACGUCUUCACUGACCACAAAUCUUCAGUCAACUCCAUCGCUUGGGCUCCUUAUGAGCUCGGACUCUCCUUCGCUUGUGGGUCGUCCGAUGGGAACAUUUCGGUUUUCACUGGCCGUGCUGAUGGUGGCUGGGACACGGCGAAGAUCGACCAAGCUCACCCGGUUGGUGUGACUUCUGUCUCGUGGGCUCCUUCCACUGCGCCUGGCGCUCUCGUCAGCUCUGGUUUGCUUGAUCCGGUUUACAAGCUGGCUUCCGGUGGGUGUGAUAAUACGGUGAAAGUGUGGAAGCUCUCUGACGGGUUGUGGAAGAUGGAUUGCUUCCCGGCUCUGCAGAAGCACAGUGAUUGGGUCAGGGAUGUGGCUUGGGCGCCGAACUUGGGUCUCCCUAAGUCGACCAUUGCUAGUGGCUCGCAAGAUGGGAAAGUGAUUAUAUGGACGGUGGGGAAAGAAGGUGAGCAGUGGGAAGGCAAGGUUCUCAAGGACUUUUUGGCUCCGGUGUGACGUGUUUCGUGGUCGUUGACCGGUAACAUGCUGGCUGUGUCCGACGGGAAUAAUAAUGUGACGGUGUGGAAAGAGGCUGUUGAUGGAGAGUGGGAACAAGUCACCGUUCUUGAGCCGUAGGUAUUUUUGAUGGUCUUUUGAGGGAAUGUGGAUGGGAUUUUCUUAAUUUUGGUUCGAUACAUUUGGACAUUUUAUUCUUUCCUAGACUUUUUGGUUUUUUUUUUUAACCUUCAAUAAACCAGACCUUCAAGAAUAUAUAAUUUCCCUUUUAUUUUAAA